AUGGCACCAAUAUUCAGAAAAUUAAUGCUGGAAAUGUUAUCCGACAUUGAAAAAUAUGUAAUUCAAGGCCAGAUGGACUCUGGAUCUAUUUACCCUUUACUUAAACAUAACUAUCCCAAUAACCCCAUCUUUAAAAAAGACCUUUACAAUGCAGUAUAUCAGUUUCGAGCUACAAAUAAUCCAGGUGACUCGGAUGCAUCCCAAAUGCUUCAAAUGUUAUUAAGUUGGAAGGAAUUUAACUCUUUAUGGGUGGCUCGAUGGUCACAUUUGGUCGAUCAAUACCCAGAAGUGGCAAAAUAUAUGUCAGAAACACUUUAUGUUAAUAAGAAGUCAUGGGGAAUAUCAUGUAUAUGUAAUCAAUUUACAGCUGGUGCUCAAAGCACACAGAGGAUAGAGUCUAUCAACAAGCAAAUACAUGAUAAGGUUGAUCGGGUGACAUCUCUAUGUGACUUGUUAGUUAACAUUAAUAAUUAUGUCAAAAAUGAGAAGCACUUUGAAAGAUUUGAAGUCGAGUAUAGUGUACUACCAACAGUUGGAUUGCCAACAUUAAAUACUAUACUUUUUAGACAGAUAGAUAACAUAAUAAAAAAAUUCUUAACACCUAUUAUGCUAG